AAUGUUUCUUGUUCAAGUGUUUGCCAACAGAAGACGGGUGAAUUGAGUGACUCUGGGAAGUUGCAACAUGCCAAGUUACUUGCCGUGAUUUAUACUCUACGAUGGGGCUUCAAAUUUCCCAACAAUCAACGCUAUGCCGUGAAGGUAAAAGGUUGGUUAGAUGCCCCUUAGAAACUACAAAUACACUACACUAAUCUUGUUAGACUUAACAAAAUUUAUAGGUGAUCCAUUUCUCUCUCUCUUUCUCUCUCUCUAUAAUUACCAGCUUUCGAGUUUCGACACCACCAUCUCUGCAAAUACCUCUCGCUCUCUCUCUCUCUCCAUGGCUUCAGAAGGUGGAGAAAAAUCAGAAGUUGGGUGCAACCGAGUGCCUACAAAGCCAAAGGAUUGGACCAUUACAUUUCUGAGGCUGGUGGCAUUUUCGGCCACGGUGUCGGCGACAGUGGUAAUGGCACUUAACAAAGAAACCAAAACCCUGGUGGUUGCCACCGUUGGAAGCACACCAAUAAAAGCCACUCUCACAGCCAAAUUUCAACACACCCCAGCUUUUGUGUUCUUUGUGAUAGCGAAUGGCUUGGCCAGUCUCCAUAAUUUGAUGAUGCUAGUGGUGCAUUUCAUUGGACACAAGCUUGAUUUCAAGGGACUCCGCUUUGUGACAAUCAUCAUUUUAGACAUGAUGAUAGUGGGUUUAGUAUCGGGUGGGGCAAGUGCAGCAGCAUUCAUGGGUGAGGUGGGGAGAAAUGGUAAUUCACAUGCAAGAUGGAACAAGAUAUGUGAUAAGUUUGAUACCUUUUGCAACCAUGGUAGUGGGGCCCUUAUAGCUUCCUUCAUUGGUCUCCUACUUUUGAUGAUCAUCAGUAUGAUGUCCAUUAUCAAACUUCAUAACCAAAACUCCACCAACCAUUGUGUAGUCCCUUGAUGUACUGGAUCCAACCUCACAUAUCACUUCCUAUGUAUUGUGUGUACUUUGUGUGUGUGUAUUUUGUACUCUUUACGUUACAAUCUUCUGAUAAGCAAAGGACAUAAUUAUCCCUUAAAAUAGCGUAUGGGCUUUAUUUUUAUUAUUAUUGUUAUUGUUAUUGUGGAAUGUGAGUCUUUUAAAGGAUAAUUAUGUUAUUUUAUUUUUUUUAUAAAAGCAAGUGAAAUAUGAUAGUACAAAAUUGGAGUGGGAAUAUCAUUUCUUUAAAUAUAUUAAUAAUAAUAAUAAAUGUAAAGAAAAAAAAAAAAAAAAAAAUCUAAUUGGGCCAUUCUUCACAGAAUUGACAAGAGGCUUUUGAAUAAGAAAGGAAAUCCCAAAUGGACCCACUGAACAAAAAAAAGAAUAAAGAAAAAUAUCUCUAGUGAGAUCUUUUCCAAAUAAUUUAACAACUGUUGUAUUUUUUUUAGGCAACGUCAUUGAAUGAUAUUUUUAUCACAUGGGCCCUAAGCAA